AAAGUCGCCAUUUUUUUCAUUGUGUCGCCACCCUUUAUAUAUUGAAAUUUCAAUAUUACCCUUAAUGAAAUUUCAUAACUUUAUCUCUCUAACUUCUCUCUAAAAAAACUCUUUGAACUAAAAUUCAAUAUCGAAACACUAUGACCAAUGAAAAUAAUCACCAAAAAGAUUCAGUAUUCAUUGAUAACGAUCGUUAAUUUCAAAAAACAAUUGCUUGUGUUGAAAUUUGAUACAUGUUCACUCUUUUUGGCCAUAGCUUUUGAUAGGAUAAUUACAUAAUUACAAUUUUUGCAGCAUUAGAACCUAGACUUUAUAUUAUAUACCCGAAAUCAAUAAGAAUAAAUUUCAUUGAUAAGGAAAAAUCAGUAUAAUAUAAUACAAUUAAGUUCAAUUGAAUCUAAAUAAUACAUUUUGAUUAAAAACACCAUAUGACCUUAACAUAUAAUUCAAUUUACUUUUAAAAUAUAUGAAAUUAUUUGCUAUAAUUGACUACAAUAGAUACAUAUUUAAGGAUACAUUAAAGUAGUAUCCUACGUUGCUUCUUGUUUUAACACAUUUUAACAAUAGUUGGAACGACUCAUCAUAAAUAGUCUUACAUUUUAACACAUUAUAAAUAGUCUUUCAUUUUAGCUUCUUGUUUUCUACCCAUCAAAUUAAAAGAAACAAAAAUAACAAAAUGCGAAUUCUUAUUUUCUUCUUGUUUAUUCAAUGUCUGAAUAUUAGCUUCAUCAGUGGCGGAAUAUUAUCAGAACAAGAAGCAUUAUUAGCUAUUAAAUCUGCCAUUAAAGAUGAUCCUCAUAAAAGUCUAUCAUCUUGGAAAAAUACUACUCACCAUUGCAAUUGGUCGUUCGUCACUUGCUCUUUGUCUUCUCACUCUCCCACUGUCAUUUCCCUGGACAUCUCCAACUUAGAUCUCAAUGGUACAAUAUCGCCAGAGUUUAGUAAACUUCAAAAGCUUCAAGUUUUGGAUUUUUCUAGCAACAAUCUUUCGGGAUUACUUCCUUAUGAAUUAGGAUUCUUAAAGAGGUUAAAAACUUUAGAUUUAUCAAAUAAUCAAUUACAUGGUGAGAUACCAAAUUCUUUUUCUCUUCUUACAAAUUUGAGUGAGUUGGAUUUAUCAGAUAAUCAAUUACAUGGUGACAUACCAAAUUCUUUUUUUCUUCUUACAAAUUUGAUGUUUUUGGAUUUAUCAUAUAAUCAAUUACAUGGUGAGAUACCAAAUUCUUUUUCUCUUCUUACAAAUUUGAGUGAGUUGGAUUUAUCAGAUAAUCAAUUACAUGGUGAGAUACCAAAUUGUUUUUCUCUUCUUACAAAUUUGAAUCAUUUGGGUUUAUCAAAUAAUCAAUUACAUGGUGAGAUACCAAAUUCUUUUUCUCUUCUUACAAAAUUGAUUUAUUUGGAUUUAUCAUAUAACCUUUUACAUGGUGAGAUACCAAAUUCUUUUUCUCUUCUUACAAAUUUGAGUAGAUUGUAUUUAUCAAGUAAUCAAUUACAUGGUGAGAUACCAAAUUCUUUUUCUUUUCUUACAAAUUUGAGUGAGUUGGAUUUAUCAGAUAAUCAAUUACAUGAUGAGAUACCAAAUUCUUUUUCUCUUCUUACAAAUUUGAGUGAGUUGUAUUUAUCAAAUAAUCUAUUACAUAGUGAGAUACCAAAUUAUUUUUCUCUUCUUACAAAUUUGAAUAUUUUGAUAUUAUCAAAUAAUCAAUUACAUGGUGAGAUACCAAAUUCUUUUUCUCUUCUUACAAAUUUGAGUGAGUUGGAUUUAUCAGAUAAUCAAUUACAUGGUGAGAUACCAAAUUCUUUUUCUCUUCUUACAAAUUUGAAUAUUUUGGUAUUAUCAAAUAAUCAAUUACAUGGUGAGAUACCGAAUUCUUUUUCUCUUCUCACAAAUUUGAGUGAGUUGGAUUUAUCAGAUAAUCAAUUACAUGGUGAGAUACCAAAUUCUUUUUCUCUUCUUACAAAUUUGAAUAUUUUGGUAUUAUCAAAUAAUCAAUUACAUGGUGAGAUACCGAAUUCUUUUUCUCUUCUUACAAAUUUGAUGAUUUUGGAUUUAUCACAUAAUCAAUUACAUGGUGAGAUAUCAAAUUCUUUUUCUCUUCUUACAAAUUUGCAUCAUUUGGAUUUAUCAAAUAAUCAAUUAAAUGGUGAGAUACCAAAUUCUUUUUCUCUUCUUACAAAUUUGAAGUUUUUGAUUUUAUCAAAUAAUCAAUUACAUGGUGAGAUACCAAAUUCUUUUUCUCUUCUUACAAUUUUGAGUGAUUUGUAUUUAUCAGAUAAUCAAUUACAUGGUGAGAUACCAAAUUCUUUUUUUCUUCUUACAAAUUUGAUGUUUUUGGAUUUAUCAAGUAAUCAAUUACAUGGUAAGAUACCAAAUUCUUUUUCUCUUCUAAGAAAUUUUAAUUUUUUGGAUUUAUCAAGUAAUCAAUUACAUGGUGAGAUACCUGUCAACAUUGGAAAGUUUACGAGUCUUCAUUAUUUGUUGGUUGCCAACAAUAAUAACUUGAUUGGAAAAAUCACACCACAGAUUACAGGAUACAAUGUCUCGAAUUUUAAAAACUCUUCUAUCUGCAACUUGGUUAAUCUUGAAAUCCUUGAUUUAUCUUAUAACAAGUUUAAUGGAGAAGUUCCUCAUUGCUUGGGCAAUACUAGUACUCAAUUAGCUGUAUUGAAUCUCCAAUCAAAUAAUUUCAAGGGCAUCAUUCCAUCAGCAUUAUUUUCUACUUAUGAUUCCUUGGAAUAUGUAGAUUUCACUGACAAUCAAUUAGAAGGAGCUAUACCUAGGUCUUUAUCUAAAUGUAGAAACCUAAAAGUCCUAAAUUUGAGGAACAACAAAUUCAAAGAUGUAUUCCCUUAUUGGUUAGGUAGCCUUCCGUCUUUAGAGGUUCUCAGCCUACCCUUUAAUAAUUUUCAUGGUGAUAUAACUAACAAUUUAUCAAGGAUUGCAACAUUUUCUUUUUCAAAUCUACAAAUUCUCGACCUUUCAAACAAUAAUUUCUGUGGUAAGUUGCCAUUCAUGUACAUCCAACAAUUUCGUUCCAUGAUGGAUAUCAACAUGUCUACUAUAGGAAGUCCAAGGUACUUAGAAAAUGAUCAUCAAUUUGGUAGUUUUAUGUAUACGUACUCCAUCAAGAUGACGGUAAAAGGGGUGGAGCUGGAUUAUAAGAAGAUAAUUACUUCUAUGUCAACAUUUGAUAUGUCUAAUAAUCACUUUGAAGGAGAGAUUCCAAAUUCUAUAGGGAUGUUGCGAGCACUUCGAAAUCUUAAUCUCUCGCAUAACCUCCUUACCGGAAACAUCCCUCCAUCCAUCGGGAACUUAUCAUUGUUGGAUGGUUUAGACCUAUCAUCAAAUAGGCUUAUCGGUGAAAUCCCUCAAGGACUUGUUAGUUUAACAUUUCUCGAGGUUUUUAAUGUUUCAUAUAAUCAUCUGGAAGGGCCUAUACCCUAUGGUAACCAAUUUGAUACCUUCCCAUCUGAUUCGUACAAGGGAAAUCUUGAAUUGUGUGGAGCACCAUUACUUGAAUGCAAAAACAAUACUGUUGUGCAAUCUUUGAACAAUGAUAAUGUGGAAGAAAAAAAAGAAUUAUCGAUGUGGGAAGCUGUAGUGAUUGGAUUUGGAAGUGGUACAAGAGUUGGUUUGGCUUGGGGGUACUACAUAUUGUCAGUGGGGAAGCCUUUUUGGCUUUUUAAAUUGUUGAACAAGAUGAAAUGGGCUUUACUUGAUUUUCAGGACCACCAUUUCAGUAGAAGAAGUAGAACAAGAAGAACAAAGAACUAAAAGUGAUCAUCUAUGUAAGAAACAUUUCAUUUGUAGCAAGAAGUAGAGUAUGAUGGAAUCAGCCUUUUUGGGCUUUACUUGAAUUUGUAUUAUUUCCUUUUUCUUUUCACUGUACUUUAUUCAUAAUUAUAUUUUGUGAUAAUAAAAUUUCUUUUCCAUAAAAAAAUAUAAAUGUGUGCCAAAUGGGUGAAUGUAAUAAUCUAUCUAAGAAAGAAACAUUUCAUUUCAUGAGAUGUCUAUAAAGCAUAAAAUGUCAUGUUUUCCACUGCAUUGUUAAGUUAGUUGAUUUCGUUUUUCCGAUUUUGAUCAAUAAAUCAAUUUUCUGCUUUUACUAUAUUUACGAUAACACAACCUCGACCGUGGGUGUAAGCGAGGAGUGCUGCCGCCUAGGGCCCAAUCUUGAAAAGGGCCAAUAACUUAAGUCACCAUUAAAUUUAAUCGUCAUUUUCAAGUUGGGAAAAGAAAAUAAAAUGUUAGAUUAUUAUUUUCCUAU